UCAAAGAAAAUUUACAAUAAUCAUUAGCAACAUAUCUGAAUACUUUCAUCCGUUGUUAUUUGUGUGGCAAUUCUAGAGAAAAGAAUAAUUCGUAACGACAACGACAAUACAUUCGAUAUUGCAAAGAUAACUGUGAACAUCAAUGGACCAGACAUUUCUGCUAUGUUAAUUGCAAAGAAGUACUCGUGUGGGAUUUUUCAGAGUUUGAUCCUCGCCUCUGUUAUAACUCUUUCUGUUCAAUGUACAAGGCACCAUGAAUAUUCUUAUGGUGGACAUCAGUACGGCCCCUCAAAAUGGGGCUUGACCUGGAAGGAGUGUGGCGGGAAAAAUCAGUCUCCAAUCGACCUCCACUGCGCCACCUGCCGGAAGAAACAUUUCAGACUUAGAUUCAGUAACCACGGAGAGGAAUGCGACGGAUAUCUCAUCAAUAACGGACACGCCCCUACAUUUGUUGUCAGGAAGUGCUGCAAGAAGAAGUUUAUCACGGGGAUUCCCUUUUACCCCAGGGUAAAGUAUCAGCUGGCCCAGUGGCAUUUACACUUCGGUUCAAAACGAGACUGGGGAACUGAACACGCCAUUAAUGGAAAAAGAUACUCCGCCGAGCUUCACAUGGUUCAUUUCAAUACCAAGUAUGGAACUGUGACCAAUGCUAUUGAUAAGAAAGACGGUAUAGCAGUCGUUGCCAUUUUAUUCAAGGAGUGUUGCCGAGCCCGACUAUCAUCCAUUGACUUGUUUUUCCGGAAAUAUGGCUCCCAUGUGUAUUGCCCUGGUAAGAAACUGUAG